AUGAACCGACCUACAGACAGUGCUCAGGAUGAGCCAAAAGUCAAAGUGGAGGAGAAGAUGGAUGAGGGACAGCUGAUGCGUCUGGCCACUGGCGUUACUGUCGAUGCCGGAAGGGCAGCGCUCUCUGCACCUCCAGGGAAACCAGAGAAAGUCGCACAAAUCGAGUUGCGAAAGGGAGUCAUCAGAAUUGUGGCGGUUGCGAAUGACCAUGAUCCGCGCUCGUUGGUCAUUCUGACGGGCUUGAAGACGUUGUUCCAAAAGCAACUACCCAAGAUGCCUCGAGAAUAUAUCGCGCGGCUAGUAUACGAUUCUAAUUCCAAGUGUCUCGCUAUCAUCAAGAGAGGCUUCAAGGUUGUUGGUGGAAUUUGCUACCGGCCAUUCCCUCACCGCGGCUUUGCAGAGAUCGUGUUCUUUGCAACAACGUCCGUUGAUCAAGUCAAGGGGUAUGGAUCAAUGUUGAUGGACCAUUUCAAGACGCACAUUCGCGAUACAUACCCUGAUAUGUGGCACUUCCUCACAUACGCCGACAAUUACGCUGUUGGGUAUUUUCGGAAACAGGGGUUUUCCAAGGAGAUCACCCUGGAUAGGUCGGUAUGGGCUGGCUACAUCAAGGACUACGAGGGCGGUACGAUCAUGCAGUGCACGAUGCUCCCCAACGUCGACUAUCUGAGGACUAGGGAGAUCGUUGCACAGCAACGCGAGGCGAUCCUCAGCAAGAUUCGGGAGAUGUCGAGAAGUCACAUUGUGUAUGAAGGAUUACCACAAUUCCAAGAAGGCGCGCCCGGAGGGGUUACCGUAGAUCCCAAGGAUGUCCCUGGCUUACGAGAGAGCGGGUGGACCCCUUCAAUGGCUACCAGCGCACCACGCCUUACAGGCAAGGGAGCGGAGCAUGCCUUAAUGACAAAGCUGCUAUCAGACCUGCAAGGACACACGCUCGCCUGGCCGUUCCAGCAGCCAGUGAAUGCUGAAGAGGUCGCGGACUAUUAUGAGGUCAUCAAGCAGCCAAUGGACUUCAGUACGAUGGAGCAUAAGCUCGACACGAAUCAGUAUCCGAAUCUCGAUGCAUUCCUUGCGGAUGCUCAGUUGGUGUUUGACAACUGUCGAACAUAUAAUCCUGAGGGGACGAUAUAUUACAAGAACUCAGGGAAGCUUGAACGAUUCCUGAAGGAGCAGCUAGCAAUGUAUCAGGUGAAAAGGGAGGAGUACUGAUUCAAAGGACCUACUUGUGUCUUGUAUACCUACCUGUCACCCUAGCAUCUCGUACUGUAGCUCAGCGCGUCGCACUAUCCCCCAUCACUGUGUCACUGUAUAUUUAUAAGCCGACAUUAUGAACAGGAAGCAAGACUACUCG